UUAAAUUGCUUUUAAAAAAAUUAAAAAUCUUAGCUUAUUUACUUUUUGUUUGGUAAUUAAUUAAAAAAGAUUUAAGGAAUAACUUCAAAUUACAGUGGCAUGCAAAAUCAUGCUUUUUAGCAUGGAGUAUCUGGAAACGGAGACUCUAACAAUAUCCCAGCAUCUCUUUAGAAAAAUACUUAAUAGGAUAAAAGGAUUUCGCAAUAGGAUAUUUAUAUGCUCCAAAGAAAAGAAUCUAAACCUAGUAAUUACUCAGUAGCUAAUGGAAAUACAAUUAAUAGCAAUUAAAACAGUUCCAAAUCACUGUCACUAAAUAAGACAGAAAUUAAAUUUAGACUUUAAAAGAGCGUUGAUGCUUACCAUGGUCAUUCAAACUUAUAAGAGAACAAUUCUCCCAAUUAAAAAUUUAAUUAGACAAAUGAGAGAUUGUACACAAAGUAAACAAGUAGAGAGGGUAGCAACAAUAACCAAAACAUGAAGGAUCUAAGUUAAAGGCCAAUGACUUAAUAAGGAGGAAUAACUCAUAAGUAUAUUGGAAAUAACUCUCCAAACUCUAAUCAGCUACCUAUGAUAAGCAAAGAUAAAAAAGAUAACAAAAUUGGCAAUUAAGUUGACUAAAAUAACGAAAUCAUAUAGAAAAUUCUUUAGCAGAGUAAGUAAUAGGGUUGUAGCACACCAUAAAAGAAUGCUUCUUCAAACUAGAGUUUUCUCCCUAGCUAAAAAACAUUACAAAUACUCACGAAAGAAGAGCUCAAUUAAGUGAAACAUUAUGAUGAUUUGCAGAAUAAGUUCAAUAAUAAGUCGUAUUCGUAAAGUAAGAGUUAAUUGCCACACUUUCAAUCUUAGAUGAAACUUAGUGCUAGAGAAUCAAUUGAUAAUAUAGCAUAAACUGUAGGAAUAACUUAAACAACUUCAAAUUUGGGAAGUAAUUCAAAGCAGUAACUCAGUUUAUAAUUAUAGACGAAUCACAUAUAAUAGCACGUAGCUUUCACGUAGAGUAACCUCUUAAAGCACUUGAACAAUCACCACAACUCAUUACAAUAAAAUUCUAUUUCAUGUAAUUCUCCUUAAAUUCUGAACAAGUAAAAUCAAACCUAGCUAGCAAGCGAAUAUUCUUACUAGACUAGCGCUCUUAAAAACUAAUCAGUUUAAGAGAUUACAGAGAGUCCUAGAAAAAUGGCUUUUAUCAGUCAAAAGGAUUUAAAAAGUCCUCAAGAUCAAAAUAACAAAAUAGCUAACUUUUUCUUCCCUAAUGGUAGCCAUAAUAUUGAUGAAGUAAAAUCUGAAUAGCACUAGAACGAUUACUAAUUUGAUUAGAAUUAAUUAGAAAAUCAAGCUACUAAUUUGGAAACAUCAAAUAAUAAUGAGUAUUACUCCAAGAUUAAAGAUAAACAGAUGUCUCUCAGACAGCUAAAUACCAACUUUGUUCAUAGAAAAGGUAGUUAGGUCUAAAGUGAUGCUACCUAAUCCCCAAUAGUAACUCCAACAGAAACGACUAUGAAACUCAUUCAGCAAAAUUAACUUAAAGUGAAAGUAUUGUUGGAUAGUUCUAAAGCUAGAAAGUCAUAUGGAGAGCUUCAAGAAAUACUCUAGCCUGAUAAAAUUAAGCCUUUCAAUACUUACAUAUCUAAAAGUAAACUUUUCUAAGAACUCAAAGACAGUUCCGAGUCUUCUUCUUCUAAGUCUGUGGCAGCUGCUAACAAUUAAAGUUUUCAUAGAGCUUAUACAGCUACAUAAACAAAUUAAUAAAACUCCACAAUUUAAACUUAAAAUUUACUUACGAGAGGCUCAUAAAAACCUAAUUCUCCAUUAAAAACUUCUACUAUUUCUUCUCCAGUAUCUCAGUAAAUUCAAAAUUAAAAGACACACAGCAAUUAAACAUGGAUUGAAAACAUAAGAAAAAUGCAAAAUCCACUAUACAUUUAGGGAAUUGAAGAAAUAGAGGAGUCACUCAAAAAGGAGCUGCCAAACAUAAAUUCUGAUGUACCAUCAAACAGAAACGAAGUUGUCACACUUUAAAAGUGGUUCGAAUCAGGAUUAAAAAGCUUUUAAUAAAGCGACAGCAAAAAAUAAUUUAAAUAUCUGUAUAUUACUUUCAAUGAGUUAAUAAGAUAAAUUACACUCGAUUGUGCUGAAAGAGGGUAUUUUUUAAAAGAAAUUGUUUUCAAGAUCGUAGAACAUUACUAAAAGUAAAUUUCAGAAGUUAAUGAAGAAAUAUUAGUUGAAAAAUCUAAGAGUAAAGAUGAGGUUAUAAACACCAGAAGAGUAUACGAAGGAAUUUUCUUAAAAAAGGAAGCAGAAUUUGCAGAAAUUAAGAAGCUCAACGAAGAAUACCUAGCUAGUUAGGCUGAUGUAAAUAAAACAAUAACCUCACUUCAAAAUAGAGAAAAGGAUCUUAAUGAACAAUUAAAUAACCUCAAAUCAAUUUCAUAGUUCCUAAAAGUUCAACUUAAAAAGUUAAGUGAAGACAAUCUCAAAUUAAGAAUGAAGCUCAAAAAAAGAAAAUACAAUUUAGAUGGAAAGAUAGUCAAAUAAAUUGAGAGCGAUCCUCAAUUUGCCUAAGAAAUUAUACAAUAAAAUUAGGGCAUAUAAAAUUUGAUUAAGAAAGGUGAAUAGCAGUAAUCAGACAAGAAAUUAAAUUCAAAAAAAUAAAUAAAAAAUUAAAGAAAUUCAACUGCAAGUUAUAUAGAAGCUCCUUCAUUCACUAGUUUAGUUAGAUUAAAUAAAAACAACAAAGAAGUUUCUAAUUUUAGUAGUGAUUCAGAUACUUCUUUUGAUGAAUUUAAAAAAGGUAAGAAUGCAAAAGACGAAUUUUCUUUAUUAUAGCCAUAUAUUCGUAAACAUACCAUUGAGUAAUCAACUCCUUAACUUAACCACCUCUAUUUACAGAGCUCAGCUAGUAAAUAAAAAUCUCGUAGAAAUAGCUCAGCAAGUAAUAGAAGCUCUAAUUAAUUUACUGUGAAAGAUUUUAAAAGAAAUAGUGUUACCUCAUAAUCAGGAAUUCAAGGAGUAACAUAGAAUGUGGAUAUUAAUAAAAAAAUAUUGUAAAUUGCUAUUUAGGAGCAGAUAGAAGAAAAUGAAAUUAGUAGUUUCUCUUCAGAAGAUAGCAAAUUAAUAAUUGAUGAAGCUUAAAACGAUAUGGUCGAUAUAAAUCAUUUAAAUGCAAUCGGAUUCUAAGAUAUAGAUUCUGUUGUUAAAAAGGAAUGUGCAGAGACUUAGGUGAAUGCUUCUCUAAUCUAAUUUGGUUGUGAAAGUGUUGAAAUUUAGACAGAUUUAAUGAAUUUGACGGAAUAAAAAUAUGAUGAGUUUUUGAUAAAUUCUGAAGAAAUCGAUUCACUGAUUGAUUUCAGAAUUUCUGGAAUAAAACAAUUUUAGAUAAUGUUAGAAUAAGAAGGCAAGGCAAUCAAUAUAGUGGAUUUGCAAAAAGAUAUUGUUCCUACUGGAUUCAAGCCACUUAAAAUGCCUGCUAAUAUUUACAAGGGAAAAUUCAAUAAAUUCGAAAGACUUUAUGAAGAAAGUUUGCAAGAAGUAGCCUUAGUCAAUUAGCAGUUAGAAAAAAUGAAUAUUGAAAAAAAUCAACUUUUUAUUAGAGAAAAAGAACUUUUAGAAGAAAUUAGUCAAAUAAAAAUUUAGUUAAAAAAAGAAAAGGAGGAAGAGCAAAAAAGGUUGCAAGAACUUGAGAGAAAAAGGAAGGAAGAAGAGGAAGAAGAAAAAAAGAGAAAAAAGAAAGCCCAAGAAAUACCUGACAAGUGGAAAAAUUACCAGCAUCUUGUUUAUAAAAAGAAAUUUAAUCAAGAUGGAAGUCCUAAUAAUUACAUUCAAUCAAAUGCUCCAAAGCUUGGAUAAAGAGCAAUUAUUGAUUUCGAUAAAUAAUAUUAGACAGAUCUUGGAUAAAUUAUUAUUGAUAAACUUUAGAAUAAAAAAUACAACAAAUUUAAGAAUUUCAUGCCUGUUUCUACAAUUCUCAAGCAGAUCAAUUUGAUCUAUUAGGAUCGUAUUAAAUAAGUAUAAGAAAACCCUAGAUUUAAGGAAAUUUCUUGUUCUAACUUUUCUUAUAUCUUCCUCACUAAGAUUUUCGGUCUCAAGAAAAUAGUUGAUCAGAAAUUUAUUAUAUUUAUUCUUAGUUUAAAAAGAUACAUGCAAAUAUUUAGGAUAAACAUGUUUGCUCGUUUCCUAGGAAUUCUAGAGUAAAAAAACUUAAAUUUCACUUUAGACGAAUUCAAUAAAUACAUAGAAACUUUAGAUUACAUCUAGAACUAGUGUAAUAUAGGAAAGGAUCUAGAAAUUUCUGAAUCUGAAACUAAAUACUACGUUCCCUACAUCAAAGUUGCUGCUUUUGUUGGAAACUUUGCUGAUGCCAGAUUCACAACAGAGGAAACUACUGAAUUUAAGAAAGAGGUAGAUCAGUUGAAAGAAAAUGAUCCUAGAUAUCCAAAUGUUCAAGUUACAGAUUUUGAUGUUUUUGUUCACAAAAUGCUAAGUAAGUAUAGAAUGCUAGUAAACAGAGCCAAGACUUAUGUCAUUAAUGCUUUCAAUGCUAGUGAUUUGGAUGGUAAUGGAAUUUGUAAUUUAGAGGAAUUCUUGAUUCUUAACAGAAACAUUGAAGCCGAUAAUUACAAUGAGGAGAUUUUGACAGAAAUAUUUAAUGAAAAUGCUGACAUCUUUGAGGAAGGAGAGCCCAAUUUAACUUUCAAUAAAUUUGCUGUGGUUUGUGUAGACUUUAACCUUUUCUCUGAUGAAGCUCAAGACAAAUUUUUGAAUAUUAGACUUAAGAGGGAAAUAGACCUUAAGUUUGAAGACUUGAAGAAAGCAUGGCCUUAGAAAAAGGAAAAUUAUGAGAGAAAAAUUAAUUCAUUUAAAUUCACUGAUGAAAAAAUAAAGGAAAAAUGGAUGGAAAUUACUUAAGUCUUAAAUGAAAGAUUAACAAGCAAUGAAACUCAAGAGCUUAAGCCAUUGUUGAUUGCUGAGAAAAUCUUGGAAAAAGAAUUAGAAUUCCUAGAAAUAUUUGAGUAGGAAGGAUUUGAAGACGAAGAAGCAUUAAAUAAGUAUAUGACAACGGAUGAAGUAAAAACAAAAAUAACUCACUUACCUGAAAAUGCACAAUAGUAAGCUAUAGAAAAAAUUAAAAAUUCUCUAACUAGAAAGUCAACAUUCAGUCUUUCUUAAACAUAAAUAACAGAAGAAUAAACGUAGAUAAAAGCCUUCUUAUAAAGUAUAACUUAGAAUACUGAAAAAGACCUUAAAAAAGCCAAAGCCUAAAUCAAAACAGCUUUGCAAGAAAAAUUAGAAUAAUGUGAUGAAGAUUAAUUACUAAAAUAAAUUGAUCUUUUACUUGCCCAAAAUCAGAAUCAAAAUCAAACUCCUAGAGAUAUCGUAAAAAGGUAGGAUAGCUUUAGACUAAUAAAAAAUAACAGUGAAAUUUCAAUUCCUGAAUAGCUUAACAAAUAAUAAAUAGAAUUGCUAAUAUUUGCAAAAUAAGAAGUUGAAAAUUCUGCAAAAAAAUGA